AUGAGUGCAAAAAAGUCGGUUGCGUCCUCUCUAAAGAAUCCAGUCUUUUCUUCAGACGAUGCAGAAUCAAGGGCACUAGUCACAGACGAAUACCUAGGCGACCAAUCUUCUUCAUCAGUAAAUAAUGAUUUGAAUUCAAUAUUGAAGCAAAUAACGAAAGACUCAACACCCGUCUCAUCCAAAGCUCUGAAGCUUGGUUUUCCGGAAGAAAAAGAUGAUGAGUGUGAAGAUAUGCAGCUUUUUCUCAAUAGGCGAAAGCAUUUCUUCAUUUUGUCGUCCGCUGGUAAACCGAUAUACUCAAUGCAUGGCUCGGAGGACAUUAUUGUUGGAUAUAUGGGACUAAUUCAAACCAUUGUAAGUUACUUCCAUUUAGAAGAAACAGCCGAAGCCGGUAUCGGAACUGGAGAUUUGCGAAGUUUUAAAAACGGUGACGUUUGUUUUACUUUUGAGAACCGCUACCCCAUCAUUUUAAUGGGCGUCUCAAACAUGCAAGAAACUGAUGUAGAAUCAACGCAACAACUGGAUUUUCUAUACAACUAUUUGGUCACCACACUAAGUAAACCUCACAUAAACAAAGUUUUCAGGCAAAGAGAAAGCUUCGACUUCAGAAAACUAUUGGGUCAUGCUGAUGUUGCUUGUCUGAACAAUAUCUGUGCGGACCUUGCUAAUAACUCCAAUUUGGGUCUUAUUAUUGGAGGUUUACCAUGCCUAAAGGUGAAGAGACACAUCAGGGUCAAACUUGAACAAAUAUUACUGAGGUACACGUCUCCAAGCGUUCUUUAUGGCUUAUUAUUGGGCCCAGAGGGAAAGUUAAUAACUGUUAUGAGACCUAGAAGACACACUCUCCACACUGCGGAUCUUCAACUACUGUUCUCGAUGAUAUUUAAUACCAACACAUUUAAGACCAGUUCAACCGACAAACCAGAAUUCCAGGUGAACGAAGAAUUUUGGGUUCCUGUGUGCCUUCCAAGGUUUAAUUCGAAUGGAUUUCUUUACGCAUUUAUUCAGUUCUGGCAACUACAAAGAGAUGACGCAUUAGAGAAACUAGGAACAGGAUCUGCUGAUCAAAGUGUCAAUCCUGAUACGACAAAGAUGGGAUUGAUUUUGCUGUCCCCUUACAAAGACCAAUUUUAUCAAGUCCGAGACAUCAGUAAAAGAAUAAUUGAUCGAAUCAUGGAGUCCUCUACACUAUACAAGGAGCUUUAUUUGUCAAUGUUGACUAAUACACCUCCAGAAGGAAUAUGUCCGCUUAUCUCAGACUUUAUAUUCAAAUCAAAGAAACACGCACAAUAUUUUUUAAUAAAAAGAGACGACGAUGGAGAACAUGAGCGUAUGCUCAGAUACAUUUAUUCUCGAUUGCACUCUGCCGUGGUGACUAAUACUCUAGUUUCACCCCAGAGAAGCACAAAAUGCAACGGAGAAAAUAUUCUACAACGAAAGAUUAUUACUUUUGAUUCUUCCAAUUUCAUCAAAUACACCAAAUGGAAAGUGAGUAGCUCCCAAUUAGAAGAAAGUUUUAACAUGAAUGCACGUAUUUCAUCUAGCCCCCAAAAAAACGACAUAGUGACGGGCUUUGUUAUUUCCACUCCAUCCUUCGAACUGUACAUGGUUCGCAAAGGUAGUGAUAUUGACAAAAAGGCCCUUGCGCAAACCAGCAAAAAGAUUAUCAAAUGGUGUCUCAAGAACGAAGGAAGAUUGUUCGUGAGUGGAGGCGCUGUGUUUUAG